AUGAUUGGAAUCAUAAGAGAAACUGCGAAAGACUUACAGCAAGUCGACGUUAUUGUGAAUCUUACAUCAGUUGGAGAAGAUUUUUUGUAUCAAGUUACGACAGUUUCCGAGUCAAAAUCAAAAAACACUGUUACUGAAAGAUACACAGAAAAAUUAUCAAGAUACCCUGAAGAUUUGGGUAUUUCCAUGUCUAUAAUGUGUAAAGUUUUUCCGUUUCAUCUUAUUCUGGACAAAGGAAUGCAAAUAGUACAGCUUGGUAGAGGUCUUCAAAAGAUUAUUAAAUCAAAAAUUAAAGAAGGAGACAGGCAGUUUUCUUCUUAUUUUGUUAUACAAUCUCCGAAAGUUGCUAAUACAUUUGAAGAUAUAGCUCAGCUUUCGAAUGUUCCUUUUCUGUUGAUAAUGAAGAUGUCACAAGGCAUGAAUAUAAAAGGACAGAUGAUCUUGUGUCCAGAAUCAAGCUCUCUACUGUUUCUUGGUUCCCCGGUCAUCAAGGGAUUAUCCGGACUUGUAGGAAAAGGACUUUACAUUUCCGAUAUCCCAAUACAUGAUGCCACGAGGGAUAUCAUUUUAGUAGAAGAACAAACGAAAGCCCAGGAUGGAUUAAAGAAACGAAUGGACAAACUUAAAAAUUCCAUCCAAGAAGCUAGUCAAGCUGUAGAAGAAGAAAGACAAAAAAACGUAGAUUUGUUGCAUUUGAUAUUCCCUGCGGAAGUUGCCAGAAAACUUUGGAGAGGUGAAACAGUAAAAGCUGAGCAGAAGGAAAAUGUCACGAUGUUGUUCUCAGACAUCGUGGGUUUCACUUCAAUCUGUUCAACAGCAACUCCUCUGAUGGUUAUCGAUCUGCUUAACAAUCUCUACACCCGAUUCGAUAGUUUCUGCGGUGAGCUGGACGUUUACAAAACAGAAACUAUUGGGGACGCAUAUUGUGUUGCUGGUGGUUUGCAUCGAGCGAGCACUACGCAUGCACAGCAAACAGCUUGGAUGGCUUUGAAGAUGAGAGACGCUGCAGAAAUGGUAACGUCUCCUGAUGGCAAACCUCUUCAGAUGCGAAUAGGUCUUCAUACUGGAGUAAUAUUGGCUGGAGUCGUUGGAACGAAAAUGCCAAGAUAUUGCUUGUUCGGAAAUCACGUCACUCUUGCCAAUAAAUUCGAAUCAGGCAGUGUUGCCAUGCGCAUCAACGUUAGUCCUACUACGUAUGAGCUUUUGGUAAAAACGAAGACGUUUAUAUUUACGCCAAGAACUAGAGCGGAUUUACCUAAAGGUUUUCCUGAUAACGUAGAAGGAAUACCUUACUUUUUGGACAACUAUAUUCAUCCGGACUUGCCUUCAACAGCUUCACUUUCUGACCACAUCGCUUCAGCCAUUAAAAAACUGGAUUUGCAAACUACAGUUUUUAGACCCAACUCUUAAGAUUUGGGCUGAAUUGAUUAUGCUUUUGUUUGUGUACUGGAAGUUGUUUUCGUUAUUUAUUACAGAAAAUGUUUAAUAUUUUAUGGGCGAUGCAAAUGCAUUUAAAACGUCAUUGUAAAGUGUUUUAUUUUGAUAAAGUAUGUUUCAAACAUUUAUCAGAUCUUUAAGUCGUAAGAAUCAUUUGUGUGGUAUUAUGUUGAACAGUUUUUUGUGAUUAGUAAUAUUAAAUAUUUUACAGGUUAAUGUUUAGUAUUUGUGUUCAAAAUAUGUAAACUGUUUAUAUACUGCUUUUCUUUGGUUUAUUUUGCUGUAUAAAAUACCAGAAGCAAUCAAUCAUUAAUUUAAAACAUUUAUGACAUCAGUGGAGUGUUGUGAUCACAACUUGCGUGCUGUGUGUAACAUGUUUAUCUUUCUGCCAGUAAGACAUGCACAUGCAUUUAACUUUGUA